AUGCUCAGCAGGCUUGGGAAGAAGGUCCGAGUUAAGUGUGAAGAGGACGACACCAUUGGCGAUCUCAAGAAGCGAGUCGCCGCACAGACCGGCACGCGAUCCGAGAAGAUGAGGAUCCAAAAGUGGUAUACGAUCUACAAGGAUCACAAAACCCUCAAGAACUACGGGAUUCACGACGGCAUGGGCCUCGAACUCUACUACAACUGAUCUUCAUCGCCUGUAAUUCUUAUCACAAAUUUCUCUUUCUUGAAAUAUUUUUAUGAAUAGAUACAUAUUUGUAGGAUGGGUCAUCGCACUGAAGUUGUGAAUCUUUAUUGUUUAUGUAAUUAUUCUAUUAGUUUGCGUAUUUGAUCGAGUUUAAUUUGAUUUCUAUAAUAUUAAGAUUUCUUUUAAAAUUGUGAAGUAAUUCAAUCUCGCCUGUAAUUCUACUCUCAAAUUUCUCUCUCUUAAAGUAUAUUUCUGCAUAGAUGCAUAUAUGUAGGAUGGUGAAUUGAACUGAUUUUUUGAAACUUUCUUGUCUGUGAUUUUUCUAUGUGAUUUUGUGAAUUUGAUCGGGUUUAAUUUGAAGGCUCUGAUUUUAUGAGAUCUGUCAAAAUUGUGAACUAAUUUAGUCUUCAAUUUCAUUGUUUCAUGAUUGGCGCAUGUCUAGGCAUUCUGGAGGACUAUAGGCUUCAACAUAGUUUUGAAAUUAGCAAUUUUUCCGCACGAGUUUAUCUCUCUUGAAAUAUAUUUAUACCUAUUAUUGUCUGUAUGUUGUGAAGUUGAUCAGGCUUAAUUUGUUGUCUCUAUUUUAUGAUGUUCAUUAUUAUUGUGAACUAAUUUAGUCUGCAGUUUCAUUGUUUCAUGAUUGGUGCAUGUCUGGGCGAUCUGGAUUACUACGGUAUUUGUCGUGUUUUGGACAUAGCUUUUUUAACCUAAUUAUGGGUGUAUAUCACAUGAAUGAGUUAUUUUCCCCUUAAGAUGGGUGAUCUAUUACAUGAUUCGUUGGGCUACAUGGACGCCAAGUCAAUACAUGAUUGAGGCUAGAAUUUUCAAGUAUGGGUGAUAUAUGGCAUUUACACCAGACUAUGGAGUAGGUGUCACUUAGGCCCUGUACGCUUGUUAGAAUUUUAAAAGAUGAAGGCCAUGUUUGGUUUGUGAUCUGGAAACAAUUUUUUGUUCUCAAAAUUUCAAAAACACUCAAUAUCUGUUUGAUUAGCAUUUUUGUUCUCUAAAUUUUGGGAAAAAAAUGAGAUUUGAGUCAAAUAAAUAGAAAAUAAGUGUAUUUUGAUUUCAGAGUUUUCUUUAAAAAUUUUAGAAAUAAGGAGAACAUUAUAUAUAUGGGUAUAUAUAUAUAUAUAUAUAUAUUUUAAAGUUUGGUUUAUUGAUUU